AUGUUCAACAAGUCGCGCACCUGCGCGUCCGUAGCCCCCACUUCGACGCAGUCGCAGACGCCGGAAGAUGCUAUGAAGCAGGCGCUCCUCGCCGUCGUUCAAGUUUGGUUGGACCGGCUGCAGUCAAUGGCAGUCGUCACAACAUUCUUCGUCUCCAUCGACAGCAUCCUUUUCUCGCUCACCGCCAGCACACGCCCUGCCGACCUGCACGCGUGGAAUAAGCGCGACCAAGUGAUCAACGCCAGCCUCGGGGGCGCCAUUAUCUUCCAUGCCUGUGCCUCAAUCGUGGCAUACGUCGGCGCAUUCGUGCUCAUCCGCUACCGCCUCAACAAGGCCGAAGAACAAGAGAGAACCAUGCUCACCGCCGACCCCGAGAACCCGGCGCGCGCGGCCAUUGCGGAAAAGCGCCGCCCGCCCAACUCCAGCGUGCACCGCCCCUCCGCAUCCAUGAGCUCGACGGCGGCACCCCCUUCGCCCUUUGACACCAUCCGCGACUUCCCGCUCGAGGUCUUCACCGACCUGCGCUCGCUCGUGCUCGUCGAGCGCACGCGCCCGCUCUGGUUCCUCCGACCCCCGUGCGGGAACCACGGGCGCGCGAACGCGGGCACGGGCGCGAGGGGCAAGCAGGACCCGGGCGCGUCCGCGAAGGAUAACGCGAUCGCGACGCUGGAGGGCAUUGUGGGAGUGCUCGCGCGGGCGCACACGGUGUGCGGCGGGAUGACGCUGCUCGGGUUCUUCCUCGCGCUGCUCGGCAUCCUCACGUACUCGUGGACGGCGGUCCCGACGAGCCUGGGGAUCUUCGCGAGCUCGUGCAUGGGCGCGUGCGGGAUCGCGGCGACGAUCGCGUUCUGGUGAGCGGGGGCUGUGUUCUAGCUUCUUGAUGUGCUGUCGUGCUUUGCGAUGCUUUGAGUCUUAUGUCUGGGUUACGAUUCGGCUAAUGUUUCUGACGAGGUCCCACGAGUUAACCAAUAUCACGAGCUGUAUCAU